AUGAGCGGCGAAACGAGCGGCGAAUCGAACGGCGAAACCAACGGCGUGAGCGUCAGCGGAGUCAACGGCGACUCGCGUGAGCACCACGAUCACGUGCCCGCCCGUGCAACUUCAGCGACCGCAGACCCUGAUGGCGAUGUGACCAUGGGCGAUGUGGCUACGGGCGAAGUUGAUCAUCCGCCGUCUGAGUUGGCGGCAGAUGAGUCGGCGGUAGAUGAGUCGGCGGUAGAUGAGUCAGCGACAAAGGCUGGCAAAACCAGGUCCAGCUCCAACACUGGGACCAAGUCUGAUGACAAAUCGGAGGUGACCGGGGCUGACGCUGAGGCGGCUACAGCGGCUGCAGCGACUCUGGCGACUCCGGCGACUCCGGCUACGGCUGCGGCGACUUUGGAUACUGCAACUACCUCGACUCCCACCUCCGACGACAUUGUGGAACCCCCCUCCAAGCGCCAAAAAGUAACUGAUUCUGAGUCGACUGAUGUAGCUACUAGUGAAAUCGCCGAGUCCACACAGUCUUCAGACGACAAAGGUGACGAGAAGAAUGUUCCAGAUGACAAGGAUGACAAGACUUCCUCAGUCCAGAACAAUGACUCUACUACAACCAUGCCCCCCACCACCGUAACCCCCGCUAAAACCGCCAAAACGACCAAAUCGUCGGCAAAAAAAGACGGCAAAAUCUCCACUUUUUUCUCCUCCACCAACGGCGACUCCAAGUCUAGAGCAACCACGCCGUCCAAAAAGGCCUCCACGCCGUCCAAAACCGCACCCAAGACCACAGCGUCCUCAGGAACCCCAUUGAAGCUCAGACUGAAGACAAAACCGUCUCUCCCGGCUCUGGAAGAAGACCACGACGAGGAAAACGCUGGACCGCAAAUCGAGUUGGACAAGGACUCGAUCCAGAACCACCCGGACAUUGCCUUCUGCGUCAUGUUCCGCACGCGGUUCACCGACCUGUUUGACGGCUGGUGUCCCCCGCUCUCGCCCCAGGAGUUUGAGGCCGGGAUCCAGCCCGAAGAGGGCUUCUCGCUGGCGGUGGAAUCGUACCUCGUCCGCGUCAUGUCGCUCAUGAUGAACCGUAAAAAACCCGUCGAGGUCGGCAAGUACUCCAACGCCCUGGAAACAUGGUCUACCAUGCCCCUGGCCCAGGGCUCCGUGUCGACCAUCGACGCCAUGAGCCUGCCGUGCGGGUGGAGCAGAAAGCUUGCGUCCCGAGACGUGGUGGCAAUGGACUGGCGCGGCCGCCUGCAGUUGCUCAAAAUGGCCACGGUGGCGGCUCUGUCGCUGUCGGACGCGGUCAAAAAGUUGAUUGCCGACAAACGCGAGGUGUCCGGCCGAAAAGUUCUGUCUGAGCUCCAGUGGCUGCCUCUGGGCGAAGAUUGCGCCAGAAACACCUAUUGGCUGGCCGACGGCUCCGGAGACAUUAACUGGGACGAAGAUGGGAAAAUCAUCCCCGCCACAGAAGGCGCCUUUGACACCCAAUGGAGAUUGUAUCGACAAACCAACCCGUACAAGGCGGUGGUUUCGUGGGUGCCGGUGGCGUCGUCGCCGGAAGACUUGGCCACGCUGAUUGAGGAGAUGCCCAAACUGAGUCCCGCAGACUCUGCAAAGUCCUACACGCCGCUGCUGGAGGCGCAGCACAAACGGCUGCUGGGUAAGCUGGAGGAGCUGAUUCCGCGAACGCUGUCGUCGCGUGACCGCAUCAGGGAGGCCGAGGAGCGUGUGGUUGCUCAGCAGGCGAAAAAGGCCGCCGCUGCACGUGCCCACGAGUACCAGAAGAGCAAGAUUGGUGCCAAUCGAGGUCGCACUCGGGGCAAGCGGGUGGACUACAAGCAGCUUGCGGCGCCUCAGGACUCGGAGGACGAGUAUGAGCUGAAGGAGGAGGAGGCCGUCGCUCAAGGCCAUCGACGGACUGGGCGAACCAGAACAGCCACCGUUUAUGAACCUGCCUAUGAUGAGGGGGAGGACGGAGACGAGUUCGAGGUGACUCCUUCACCGGAACCGGAGCCCAAGCCGGAAACACCGAGAAACGCCGAGGGUAAGAAGAUAAGAUAUGUGGAGAAACAGGGAGGAGGAAGGAGAGGAAAGGGAUGGGUCUAUGUUGUGGAGGAGGAGAUUGAGUAG